UGAUUUUACACGCGUGUGUUAAUCAGCGCUUUCUAAAGUCUCACCUUGGACGUGUAGUGUUUCGUUAAUAAAUACGUCAUAAAGUGUAAAUGCGCAGGGCUGAAAUUCUUUCUGUACGCCCACUAACAUCUGCACUGCAGAAUUGCUUAGACGAUUAUCUGUGAAUACAAUAAAUACGUGAGCCCAAGGAGGUAUUAUGCACCAUGGAGCACAUGAAUGUAGCUGGCGGCUACUUUAUAUCAGCAAAUGUUAAUAAUCGCUGAUGUAUUGGUGAAACAGACGGCAGUUUAUUACUGAAAAUGAGUAACUCCCUUUUGUCGCAAGAAAGUUGGUCUGGACGUCUCUACACUGCUGCUGAUAUUGCGAUUAUUGGUGCUGGGCUGUCGGGUUUGACAGCAGCAUAUAGGAUUUUAAAGAAGGACCCAAGUCUGCGUGUAAUUGUGCUAGAAGCGAAGGAUGAUUUCGGGGGACGGACGCAGACAGUGCUACUAAAAGUUGCUGGUGGAGGCAAAGAACCAUUUGAUGUUGGUGGCCAAUGGGUCGACUCUGGACAGGAUGAUAUAAUGCUGUUACUGGAUGAGUUAGAAAUAACUAGCUUCCCACAAUACAGAGACGGAAAAAAAGUUUUUGAAUUUGGAGCACAUUUGAAAACAGAAGACAAUUGUUUUAUCCCGGCCUGUUCAUGGUACUGUCGUUUUCAACUGAACAGCUUUGUACGUAAGGUAGAGAAUAUAAUGAAAAGAAUCAACUGGAAUGAGCCAUUAGAAGAUCCUUAUGUUAAAGAAUUAGACAGCAUGACGCUGGAAACUUUUCUCAACUGCCAUCUUCAAACACAAUUAGCUGUUGGUAUCAUGAAAUCAUUUGUUCAGACUUGCAUAGGGGCUGAGUCUUCUCAGAUUUCGGCAUUAUAUUUUAUAUCAUUUGUAAAUGGAAAACAAGGAUUUAUAAACAAGCUGAAACUGAUAUUCCCAGGGGACGACACCCAAAGAAUUAUGAAUGGUGCACAUUAUAUAUCAAUGAGGCUUGCUGAGGAAAUUGGAGAUUCUUUGGAACUGGGUGAUAACGUUAUAGAAGUAGUUCAGCUUGAUGAAACAGUUGACAUUAUGACAGCAAGUCAAAAAUUAUAUCGGUGUCAAUAUGCAAUAAUGGCAAUACCACCAAGUGAGGUGCAGAAAAUAUAUUUCAUGCCUCCUUUGCCAGCUCAACACAAGAAGCUCUUAGAUCACUUUCCUGCUGGCCAUAUGAUAAAAUUUGUGGCAACCUACAAUGAGAGGUCCACGGCCCUUGGAGAAGUGGAGCACACCUGUGGAAAUCACUGCCUCGAUCUUGGCCUGAAUUGCUCUGUGUAUAUCAUGUGGAAGGAGGCCGGGACAGCAGAAAAGAAGCAGCCCAGGUGUCAUGGCAAUGUCGGGGCAGGUAUCAUGGUGAACCUCUUGGGGAAUACUGGAGGGGUGGGUGAAGAGGGGGAAUGUGGUGAGGAUACCAGCAAAGAGGCCAGAGGAGGAGAGCUGUUUGACAGAGCAAGAGGUGGUGGGGCGAGAUUGACAGGGGAUGGAAUGAUGGGAGGUGGCAUCAACAAUAUGGCAGUUUGUCAUGUCAUGGAGGAGGCCGUGAUGAGAAAUAAAAUCAUUGUCAAGGAUGGGGCCUGUAGCAUCAGUGAUGAACUUAAAAAUACUAAUGAUAAUGAUAACAUGCAGGCUUUUUGGCGUGAGAAAGAAUUGUCGGGUGAAGCAGUAAGUGAUGGUGGAUUAGAUCCAGCAGAGUUUCCGAUUAGCAUGACGUAUGACCUGACCACUCCUGGGGGUCAUCCAGCAAUUGGGGGCUACAUAACUGGCAGCCAAAUGGACUCCUUCAUACUUAGAAGUGCUGAAAAACGAAAGCAGUUGGUAUUACAUCAUCUUUUGAAACUGUUUGGAGAGGAAGCUUUAAAAUCUAUCGAUUAUGUAGAAAAAAACUGGUGUGAAGAAUUAUACAUUGGUGGAUGCCCAAUUCAAUACCUUACUCCUGGUGUUAUGUCAUGCAAACAUUUCAUGAGGCAACCCUUUAUAAGGGUGUACUGGGCAGGAACAGAGGCUGCUGUAUCAUGGUUCGGAUACAUGAAUGGAGCCGUGCAGGCUGGGAAUGUGGCAGCACUGGAGACUUUAUAUCAACUAAGACCACAGUGUCUCUCAGCUCAUGACCUGAUACAAGUUCACAGUAACAAGACCACCAUCUGGAAUCCCCUGGUGGCUACUAUGGGUAUCACUGGGCCUUAUUGGAGUUACCUACAUUGCUUAUCGCAUGUACAAACGAUAAUAGCUUUUGAAACUGUUAACCAAAGUGUGAUACAGGUUUUUGUUUAG